UCAAGCCCUCCAAAAUCACCCAAAUGAGCUCGUACUUUGUAAACUCCUUCUCGGGGCGUUAUCCAAAUGGCCCGGACUAUCAGUUGCUAAAUUAUGGCAGUGGCAGCUCUCUGAGCGGCUCUUACAGGGAUCCCGCUGCCAUGCACACCGGCUCUUACGGCUACAAUUACAAUGGGAUGGACCUCAGCGUCAACCGCUCCUCGGCCUCCUCCAGCCACUUUGGGGCGGUGGGCGAGAGCUCGCGCGCCUUCCCUUCGCCCGCCCAGGAGCCCCGCUUCAGGCAAGCGGCGUCGAGCUGUUCCCUGUCCUCGCCCGAGUCCCUGCCCUGCUCCAACGGCGACAGCCACGGCGCCAAGCCCUCUGCUUCGUCCCCGUCCGACCAGGCGACCCCGGCCAGCUCCAGCGCCAAUUUCACCGAAAUAGACGAGGCCAGCGCGUCCUCGGAGCCUGAGGAAGCGGCGAGCCAGCUAAGCAGCCCGAGCUUAGCUCGGGCACAGCCGGAGCCCAUGGCCCCCGCCACAGCCGCGCCCGAGGGGCAGACUCCGCAGAUAUUCCCUUGGAUGAGGAAGCUUCACAUCAGCCAUGAUAUGACCGGGCCGGACGGGAAAAGGGCCCGGACUGCGUACACCCGCUACCAGACCCUGGAGCUGGAGAAAGAGUUCCACUUCAAUCGCUACCUGACCCGGCGGCGGCGUAUCGAGAUCGCCCACGCGCUCUGCCUGUCCGAGCGCCAGAUUAAGAUUUGGUUCCAGAACCGACGCAUGAAGUGGAAGAAAGACAACAAACUGAAAAGUAUGAGCCUAGCGACGGCCGGCAGCGCCUUCCAGCCCUGA